AUGGGCAUUCAGCUCGCUUCCUCGACACCGUCCACAUUACCGACUUCGUCAUCAGCUGCAUCUGCUGUGACCACCUCGCCUAGUUCCUCUUCUGGAAAUAACAUAUCACUGAGCGCUGUUAUCGGCGCCUGCGUGGGCGCAUUCAUCCUACUCGUACUGGUAAUCUCUUUGGCGAUCUACUGUUCAAGACGACAAAAGCCGCAGCGUCGUGGGAACGCUUCCCCCACUUCGCAGUCCCGCAAUGCUGCGAACAACUUGUCCCGUCAGCGCUCUCAUCUACAGCCUUGGAAUCGCCUAAACGAUGACAAGGAGGGCCAACAGGAUAUGUACCCAAGGCCUCCAUCCGGGCCGAUGGAGAAGUUGGGUGCGAUGUUCAAUCGUACACCCAGCACGAACUCUGGAGAAAAGUCCUCUGAUGACCAUGGAAACCGCGAGUCCAUAGGCACGAUGCAGCACUUUGCCAAAUAUCACCCUGGCUUGGCUGAGGAAAUGGCAUCAAAAUCUGCAGAUUUGGGUUACGUGGUUGUCACCAAACCUCCACCUGUACAGCGGUUUAUGGGCCGUACCCAAGCUGAUGGUGUGCCAACCAUUUCAUGGGAUGGCGAUACUGUCGGAGGGGAUUCGUUCCUCUCCAUGCGCUCGUGUCUAUCUGGUACCAUGUCACCUACAAUGACUAUGGCCAAGUUCACUCCACCCGCAACCGUGUCUGGGUCACAUCGCUGGGAGAGUGCGGAAGUUGGCCAUAUUGACGUAUAUGGUUCAAAGAUGUCAGAAGCAGGCGAUUCGCGCAAUCCUUUCGCGGAUGCGGCUUCCGUCAAGAGCGGCAUUAGCCGACGUGUCACCAAUCCGUUCUUCAACGCGCAGGAGAAAUCCCAAAAGCGCACACUCCUUGCUAACACCACACCCGGAUCCAACCCCUUCGCUGAUUCAAAUACUCCCACACAAAGACCUUUCCUUGAAGUUGAGGCUCGCUCAAAUAGUGACGCCAGCUCCAGCAAUUCCCGCGCUAUGCAAUGUCUCAUCGCUGCACUAGACAUGCCAGCAGAAGCAGGUCUACGCGUGUCGUCCAUGCGAUCAUCACAUUACUCUCACAACUCAACAAUCAUGUCCUGUGAUGAAGUUGACGCCGUGAGCGUGACAGCCUUCCCAUACCCCCCAACGCAAGUUCCACUUAGAUGA